UACCAGUUCACUUAAAAUGCAGUUCUUCGUGUCACCGCACGGAACACUACAGUAGGCUAUCUGACCGCUCCAAGCUUCGAAAUAUGAGGACAACGAUUCAAACGAAAACAAAGCAAUAAUAACAAUGCACAUAGUAUCGGCAGUGGGAAAUAUAAUUUCAGACAAACUGUUUUUAUGACGGACCGUCUGACCACCUGCAAAGGAACCGAAACAGUGUUAACGCCAUUAGAGAGCAGAGAGAUGUCCUCAUUGCGGCAGCAGGAUCCCCCAGUCUACUCAUCCUGCGUCGAGAUUGACUCUAGCACCAUGAGACGGAAGAACCGGUCGAACACCCAGGCCCAGCACUGGCCAAAACAAGAGCACCAUGACCUGGACAUCAUCAAGUGGGAGACCAUGACCUCCGGAGCCUCAAGUGACGUGGAGCAGGACAACACGCCUAGCAGUGCAGUGUCCACUGCGUCUCCACCAGAUCUUCCUCCCCGGGUGAUGAUGACCAUCACCAAGCUGCAGUGCAUGCUGGACAGUAAACAGGAGCGCAUCACGGCCCUGGAGAGACAGGUGGAGGACCUGCUGCAGGACCGCAAGUUCCUGAGGACCCAGAUCGAGAACCUGACCAGCUCGCGCUCCCUCGCCACGUUCACCCCCGCCCCCGAGGCUCCCAAGGCCAGCAAGGCGUACUCAGAGCCCAGAGCGAGGAGGAGAGAACGGGCCUCCUCCAUCUCCUCCCUCAGCAGCGACUGCGGCUCCGAGGCGUCCGUCUCCACGGCGAUGUCCGCUGUGUCGAGCGAGAACAAGAGGAGGCGACACCACAAAGAGAGGAGGAAAGGGAGGAAGGUUAAAGACUACACCCGGAAAAGAGCCACCGGCGUCCAGUACGUCAUCCACCGCUACAAGCAGGUGCUCUCGGCCUUCAACAAGAAGAAGAGCAUGAGCGGCGCCUUCCGGCACUACGGCAUCGACAGGAACACCAUCGCCAACACGGCGUCCAUCGCCGAGCUGCACCUGGCGGCCAAGGACACGGUGGCGCUGGUGGGAACGUUCCGGCCGCGCGAGGAGACCCUGGUGAGCUACGCCCAGAAGUGCGCCAUGGUCAUCGACACGGACGCAGAGCUGGCGAGGAAGAUCGAGCAGAUGAAGUCCGACGGGCAGCUCCUGCCGAUCACGGUGAAGAAGUCCAGGUUGAUGCAGUCCUUACAGCAGCCGCUAGGGGGAGCCGCAGAGAGCCUGCUGUUGGUUUGACCGGACUGUUCUGGACGUUUCUCUCGGAUGGGUUUGUAGUUGGAGUCACGUGCAGUAGAUUUGGUGUUGUCUGAGACAGAUUCACAAGGGAGUAAUGUGCAGGUCGUGAUUAUCAUCUGUGAAUGGUGUCGUUCUAGGACAGAAAUGGCAGCAGAUAUUGUAGCGCCCAACCAACACAAAAUUAAGAGCAAGAAUUAAGAGCUGUUCAUUCCAUUCCGGUUUCUGUAUUUGUAGUCAUUAAAGUUGUCUGCUUUUCAAUAUUUUUUCAAUAUUGUUUAAUAUCUUGACAUGUCUGAUUUGAUCCGUUGCUUAGACAAAGACAUUCUGGAUGUUUUUGUUUAGGUAGAU